CCAGAUGUGGGCCACACUGAUGGUUGACUCACUCAUGACGCCAUGAGACCAUGAGCCAGGUGGAUGUGGUCUUGCUUCAGUUCGCGUUGGGCGCCUUUGCGCUUUUUCUGCGCUACUUCUCGAGGCCCUUUGUGGCCUGCUGCAGACGAUGCGGCAGCUGUCUUUACAGCUGCCUGUGCUGCCUGUGCAUGAGUCGUGCCAAAGAUGCCGACGAGAUCCAGCCAGCGCCAGGCCUCGGCACCUGGCUCUCCACCCACGCUGCGGUGCGGUGGUACUGGUUCCACCUGGCCAUGCAGUUCGGCUUCCUCACCCGAGAGUUUAUGGUGAUUUCGGCCUUACAGCCGGGUCGAUGGCGAUGGGAGGUGCUGGUCUCCUACUGCUCCAUCUGCGCGACCUAUCUGGUGGUCUUCUUUGAGGUGAGCCACUUCUCCUCGGUGAGGAACCAGAACUUAGUCACGAAGCCAGGGAGCUCGGGUUGCAGAGCCGCGCCGCAGAGUGGCAGCAAACAGCCUGACGUCUCGGAGAGCACGCUGGGGGAGGCGGAAAUGGAGCUAGAGGAGGAGGAGGAGGAAGAGGAGGAGGACGCUUGGGUCCCACUGCGUCCCGGGCGGCCGCCGCCCGCGCCGCUCCGACGCCGGAAGCAAGCUGCUCACGUGCCGCGGGCGGGCGCGGGGCUGGGGCUGGACGAGGAGAUUUAUCGCCCAGAGAAGGACAGCGACGCCGCCAAGUACGUGGAGGACCUGGUGAGGCGCACCUCCAACCUGGACUUUCUGCGCCAUCAAGCGGCAGGGCUCUCUGCGGGCAGCUUGAUCUCUCACCCAGAGAAGGAGGCCGACCACGUGGAGAACCUCGAGAACGACCACGUGAAGGACCUCGAGAACCUGGACUUUGUGCGCCAUGAAGCGGCAGGGCCCUCCGCGGGCAGCUUGAUCUCUCACCCAGAGAAGGAAGCCGACCACGUGGAGAACCUCGAGAACGACCACGUGAAGGACCUCGAGAACCUGGACUUUGUGCGCCAUGAAGCGGCAAGGCUCUCUGCGGGCAGCGUGGGGCAUCCUGAGUUGUGCCACAAGCCUUGUCUCUUCCUCUUCAAAGUCGGAGGGUGCCCCUUAGGCGCCGAGUGCAAUUUCUGCCAUGAACCCCAUGAACGCGCGAAGGUGGACAGGAGGAUGCGCCAAUUGCUGCAUGACUUGGACGAGGCCCAGCAGUUGGCAAUAGUACUUCCACAUCUCCGAGAGCGCGGGCAACGGCUUCAGAUGCGCGAGGCUGACCGGCUCCUGACCCACUUGGAGCAAUUGCUGGCAUCGCUGCCAAUGUCCCACAGGCCUGUCCCUCCCUUUUGGCAGCUCAGCCAGCUGAGACAAACCCUGCACCGCCUGAACUUCUCUCACCUGCUCCAGCUAUGCCCAUGCGACUUCGACACGGGGCCCAUUCUGGAUAUUCUCCGAGCACGGGCGCCAGUCAGGCCUAUAGCAUAG